AUGUUACAACCUAGAUUCGCUGCUGUUUUUUCCCUCUUGUUUCUAUGUUGGGUUUUGGUUCCUAUGGCAGAAUCAGCCAUAGGUGUAAACUGGGGUACACUUUCUUCUCACAGGUUGAAACCCUCUACAGUGGUUGAUCUUUUGAGAGACAACAAGAUCUCAAAAGUUAAGCUUUUUGAAGCUGAUCCUCAUGUGCUUAAAGCAUUGAUGGGGAGUGGCAUUCAGGUUAUGGUUGGAGUCCCUAAUGAAAUGUUGUCUCUUUUGGGUUCUUCUUCUGUAGCUGCUGAUUUUUGGGUUCGUCAGAAUGUUUCUGCUUAUAUCACUAAAGGGGGUGCUGAUAUCAGGUAUGUUGCGGUAGGAAAUGAACCCUUCCUUACGAGUUAUAACGGUCAAUUUGUGAACCUUGUGAUGCCGGCGGUAAUCAAUAUUCAACAGUCAUUAGUCAAAGCCAAUCUUGCUGGUUAUGUAAAGAUAGUUGUCCCUUGCAAUGCAGAUGCGUACGAGUCCUCGGGAGGACUUCCUUCCCAAGGGGUAUUUCGUUCUGAACUGACUCAAAUCAUGACUCAACUGGUUCAGUUCCUCAACUCAAACGGUUCCCCGUUUGUUGUUAAUAUCUACCCAUUUCUUAGCCUUUACGAUAAUGGAGAUUUCCCUCAAGAUUACGCGUUCUUUCAGGGAACUAGUCAUGCUGUAACAGAUGGUUCAAAUGUCUACACCAAUGCAUUUGAUGGAAACUAUGACACUCUAGUUGCUGCCCUCGGUAAACUCGGAUACAAUCAGAUGCCUAUAGUUAUUGGUGAAAUCGGUUGGCCCUCAGAUGGAGCCGUUGGUGCGAAUAUCACUGCUGCUAGGGUUUUCAAUCAAGGUCUUGUCUAUCACAUUGCAAGUAACAAAGGGACUCCCUUGAGGCCAAACGCUCCUCCUAUGGACGUUUAUCUUUUCGGACUGCUCGAUGAAGGAGCAAAGAGUACCCUUCCAGGAAACUUUGAAAGGCACUGGGGGAUAUUCUCGUUUGACGGGCAAGCUAAGUAUUCAUUAAACCUUGGACUUGGAAACAAGGAAUUGAGAAAUGCGAGGAAUGUUGAGUAUCUUCCAUCUAGAUGGUGUGUGGCAAAACCCUCAAGCGAUCUAACGAAUGUAGUAAACCAUAUGAAAAUUGCUUGUAGUGUUGCAGAUUGCACAACACUAAACUACGGAGGUUCGUGUAAUGAAAUUGGUGAGAAGGGUAAUAUAUCAUAUGCUUUUAACAGUUACUAUCAGCUCAGAAUGCAAGAUUCACAAAGCUGCGAAUUCGACGGGCUUGGUAUGGUUACUUUCCUAGACCCUUCUGUUGGUGACUGUCAUUUUCUUGUCGGAGUUAUAGAUAAAGGCCUGAAUUCAUCUGCGUCUCAAUCAACCUAUCAAUGGUGGGUUCUAGCAUUAUUUCUGACUUUACAUUGGAUUUUUUUGCUUUCGAUGUGA